AUGCGGGGGCGGGGAGGGCGCGCAGACUCGUGAUGAGCAACUACGAAGGCCCUGCAAGAAUCGGUCCUGCUUGCUCUCCGACGAAGUUCCCCAAAUGCGAAUGCUGUGUGUUUGCACAAGGUCGCGGAGCGAAGGGCGUGAAUCUUUUUUAUUUCGUGCACACCGCUCGGUGCGCGUGGCCUCGACUCAUUCUGGCGCCACAGGCACGUUAGCGCGGCGGCCGCGAAUAGAACGAAGGGGACGAGGAAGAAUAGGCAAAGGGCACGCCAUCAGGGUCGCGUGGCCGUUUCCAUUACGAAAUCCACGCGGCUACGGGCCAGUCAACGAGCCCACGCCGCCCGCGAGGCCGCUGAAACGGGCGAGGACAUGCCCGGGCGGUCGCUUGCGCGCCGUCCAGUGGAGGCCGGAAGAAUUUUCCUACACGUGCGCAUGGCCGGAUGCGGUAUUGCUUUCCUCACACCGCGCGUUGAACGUGCUCAUCAGCUACGACGUUUCCACUCGUCGUCCUCGCCAUGGCCACGUCGUCGUUCCCAACAUUCCACCAGAGGCGGCAUUGAUGAACGGGACUGUAUGGCGUCGGAAGUGGAAGCUGCGGCAUGGCGGUGUGAGGAGCUUGGGCGGAAAGCGGGAGCUGUCAGCUGAUCACCUCUCUGUCUUCCUCCGAGACAUCAAGAUCCUUCUCAUCAUGUGCUCCUAUGCCAUUCGCCGUGCAUCAUGCCUGCUGACUCUAUCGCUGCGUGAAUUGCUUCGUCGUUGGCCUCGGUCAAGCCACUCCGUCAAGCAAAAUCACAUUCAAUUUAAUGGACAUUCGCGACAUUUAGGACUUUGUCGACGUUCAUUUACUCAGCGUGCCGCAGAGGAGGCAGAGUGUUGCAAAAGCUUGCAAGGUCACCAGGCUCUACGCCCUGGCUGUCCGCCAAAUGCAGGGCCUCGAGCCGGCGCAGCGCUACGGGAAAACUCAAACAGUCCAGACUGGCCUCGUGCCGCACGUUCCCCGACGACCCGAACCACUCUUUACAUCGUUCACUCGCCAAGGCUGUCAUGCAUCGGCCUCCUCCGACAACAUAAGACACAGUACACAAGUUCGAUCAAUACGUAGCCGUCAGUCGCUGCACGAGGUAUUCGAAGCUGUCGCGUGUCAUGUCAACCUCCGCCAACUGUCUCUUCCCUCAUCUCAUCGAACUGACCUGUUGACGCCUUCAUACUUCCUUCCUUUCGCACCAUCGUAGGUGCCAGGAAUGGCAUCGAUGAACUUGUCGUAAUUCGGAUUGCAGAAAUACGCAAUACUAUAGCGUGACGGAUGCACGUCGGCCGGCCUCGGCGGCUCGACGACUCGAUGCUUCGUGCUUUUGAUUGUGUC